AUGGAUAGUGAUCGAAUUAUAAAUAAAAGGGUCAACGUUAACAAUUCAAACACUACUGCUGAAGAAACUGAGUCAGAAAGCAUUCUACCUCCCAGUCUUCAAUAUGCUUUCGGAUUUUUUGGAAACGUCAUGGCCAUAUUUUUUCUCUGUCGAUCUGCCGGGGAACAUAAAUGGAAACCUUUCUACAGAUUAGUUUGCGGUUUAGCUAUAACGGACUUUUGUGGGAUUGCCUUAGUUUACCCUGCGAUUAUGGCGCGCUAUAUAUCUGGGUUUACUUUUGAAUUUCCUAAACAGCUGUGUGAGUACUGUUCAUUUUGGUUCUGCUUUUCUUUCAUGUCUUCAGCACUGAUUGUCAGUGCCAUGUCCUUUGAUCGUUUUCUGGCCGUUCGUUUUCCAAUAUGGUACAGGAACUCUCAGGAAACGAGAGCUAACACAAUGCUUCUGGUGAUUUGGGCAUUUACAGCCACUGUAUCUUCCCUUAAUCUUAUAGGCAUUGGAUCAGUCAAAAACUUUUAUCCAGGAUCGUGGUGCUUUAUAGACUUUGCAAAUAAGGGAUUGUUAGAAAGGGUGAACACUUACAUAUAUUCCAUCAUUGGCUUUAUCAUUCUAUUAAUAACAGUUAUUCUAAACGUAGCUGUUGCUCAUUCCGUUUGCCGAAAACCAGUUUCAACAACUGUCGACAACAAAAGAAAAAGAAAUGACAUUUACAUCAUUAUAUUCCUGUUUUCUGUAGUGACUCUUUUCUCCAUUUGCUGGGUUCCAUUAAUGGUUCGUAUGUUGAUGAAUGCCAGCGCAAGGAAUCCUAAGAAUGGACCAGAGGAACUUCUGGCUGUGCGACUGACCAUUAAUAACUCUAUUGUUGACCCAUGGAUCUACAUCAUUCUACGCAGAGAAAAUCUUGUCAAAAUAGCAAGUUUAGUUCGCAGAUUUAACAGCCGUAAUCACAGACAGACAAAUAUUUUCACAGUAGAAUCAUAUACUGGUGAGAUUAACUCGAACACAAUCGAACAUAGCCCUUCAUUGAACAUUGCUACCUGCACAACACAAUUAUAA